UCUCAAAUCUUAAGCACAUAUUUGUGAUCACCCUUAACAAUGGUUGAACCUAGAACUAUAGCUCCUUUAUCCUCUAUUGUUCAUCACCACUAUCUUGCAUCUCCACCAGCAAAGAAAAAAGUUGGUAGGCCCCUAGGCUCAAAGAACAAGCCAAAGCUAUCCCAUGUGAUUAGCCAGGCCAAUGUGCAAGUCCAAAAACCCAUUUACAUUGAAGUCCCUAAUAACUUGGAUGUGAUUGAGGCAAUGGUCCAAUUUGCUCAUCACCACAAAGUCAGUAUCACAGUGCUAAGCGCAUCAGGAACUAUUGCCAGUGUCACUCUUAAUUACACUGAUUCUUAUGCUUCUACUUUCACUCUUUAUGGACCUUUCUCAUUAAUUUCCCUUACUGGAACCUAUAUUAAUAAUACCGCUAUCUCUAGUUCUUCAUCGUCAUGUAAUCUUGAUCACCCUUGUUGUUUUAGGAUUUCCUUUUCUACAAUUUCAGGUCAAAGCAUUAUUGGGUUUGUUAGAGGAAAGCUUGUGGCAGCUAAUGGGGUUAUUGUGAUGGCUACUAUUGUCAACAACCUUGAGGUUCACAAGGAUGUGAUCAAUAACAAUAGUAAAGAAUGGGAUGAUGAUAACAAUAACCCUAACACAUAUAUAUGACCAAGGUAGCAAGAAGAUGUCCAGGUUCAAUGUUGUUACCCCAUACUCAGAGAUGUGAAUGUGAGACAACAGAGUCACUUUUAAUCGUUUUCUUAUGUAUUUGUUGAUUUCUAAAGAUAAAGAACUCCAAAUUCAUAAUCCUUAACCCUUAUUUUGAUUUUUCUUUGUAAUUUCUACUUAAUU